AAAACCUUGCCACUACAUCUAUCCUUAACUAAUUUUUCAAAACCUUCCCAUGGCUUCAAUUGUUAAUCAUGAGAAUGAGAACAAGAAUGUCAAGUCCCUUCAUGUUGUAAUGGUACCAUGGCUAGCUAUGGGACACAUACUACCUUUUUUCGAGUUAGCCAAAAUUCUUGCUCAAAAUGGUCACACUGUCACAUUCAUAAACUCCCCUAAAAACAUUGAUCAAAUGCCCAAAACACCCAAAACACUUCAACCAUUCAUCAAGUUGGUAAAAUCACCUUUACCAUACAUAGAAGAACUACAAGGUGCAGAAAGCACUCAAAAUGUUCCGUUAAACCUAACUGGUUACCUUAAGUUAGCUUAUGAUGGUUUCCAAGACCGUGUUACUGAGAUAUUCAAAACUUCGAAGCCUGAUUGGGUUUUCUGUGAUUUAGUAUCGGAUUGGUUACCAUCGAUAGCCAAGAGUUUCAACAUUCCUUGUGCGUAUUACAGCAUAGGCGCAGCUCGGAACUUGGUUUUCUUUAAUCCACCAGGGGAACGAACCGACAUAGACUUGUAUAGUCCACCAAAAUGGGUUCCUUUCCAAACAACCAUUCAUCUCAAACGUUACGAGGUUAUGAGAAUACAGUCAGCUGUGAAGAAUGAUUAUGGAAGAAAAUUUAGUCGUUCUGAUGCCGACAAACUAUACGCAAGUGUUGACCUUUUUCUUUUCAGAACCUCUAGAGAACUUGAAGGUGAAUGGUUAGAUUAUAUUUCUGACCAAUACAAGGUUCCUGUGGUUCCGGUCGGAUUGCUUCCACCACCUAUGCAGAUAAGAGAUGACGAAGAAGAUGAAAAGAAUCCUGAAUGGGUGAAAAUCAAGGCAUGGUUGGAUUCAAAAGAAUCAUCUUCUAUUGUUUACAUUGGAUUUGGGAGCGAGUCGAAGUUAAGUCAACAAGAUAUAACUGAGUUAGCUCAUGGAAUUGAGCUUUCUAGGUUACCGUUCUUUUGGGCUUUAAAAGAUCUUAAAGAGGGUGUACUUGAAUUGCCUAAAGGGUUCGAGGAAAGAACAAAAGAACGCGGAAUUGUUUGGAAAACUUGGGUACCCCAGUUUAAGAUCUUAACUCAUGGAUCAAUUGGUGGUUGUAUGACUCAUUGUGGUCCAAGUUCAGUCUUUGAAAUGCUUUAUCUUGGGCAUGUUCUUGUGACAUUGCCUUAUUUACUUGACCAAUGUUUGUUUGCAAGAGUACUAGAAGAAAAGAAAGUGGCUGUUGAGGUACCAAGGAGUGAGCCAGAUGGGGCCAUUAAUAGGGACUGUGUUGCUAAAACAUUGAGGUUGGUAAUAGUGGAUGAGGAAGGAAGUAUUUACAGGAACAAUGCCAAAGAAAUGGGAAAGGUUGUGAGUUCAAAAGAUCUUCACAAUGAAUACAUUAAAAACUUCAUUGCCACUCUUCAAAAGUUUAGAGUUCAUUCCGACAAUUAAGCAUAUUUCAUAUACUCCCUUCGGUCAUUAUUAUAAACAAAACUUCACUUUUCAGAUACAUUGAAUAAUUCAUGUAUCUAGUCUUUAUUAUAGACCGGACAGAUUGAUUAUUCAAUGUAUCUAAAAAGUAAAGUUUUAUUUAUAAUAGUGAUGAGAGGGAGUAUAGGUUUCCCUUUCAACUGUUUUUUAUUUUAUUUAUUUUAUUUUUAUCUUAUUGCAAUAAUAAUCAUGUGAUGUUGAUGCCAGUGAUUCAUUGACAAGAGUUUGCCUUUGUAAUUUCAUGUGAUAAAGUUCAAAUAUAUUCUUGUUACAUGUCUCUUUCCCAUUGUUA